AUGGCGGAACUCAAUAGCACCAAGCUCAACGCAGAGUCGCAUCUGCUGCUCGACCAACCGCUCCUGCGCAUGCCGUACGAGCUCUCGCGACGAAACUUCAAGAACGCCCAACGUCUAAUCGAGCACUCGACCACCUCUCUCACCUCCACACUCUCCUCGACCACAAAAGCCGCCUCCAAGACCACCGACCCCACACCGACGCUCGACUCGCUGGACGCCAUGAUCUCGAAGAUGCAAGGCCUGAAGCGCAAACUAAGCACGCUACAAGAAGAAGAGGCUAAACUCCACAAAGCAGCCAAUGCGCGGCUACAGCACCUGCAAGACCUGCACGAGGUGCAGAGCUUGGUGGACGUCAAGUACGACGAAUGGUCACGCGUGCGUCUCUCACGAUUGCUGGUCGACUAUCUCCUGCGCGAGGGCUACGCGGGCUCAGCGGCGUGUCUGGCGCAGUCAAAGGGCAUCGAGGACCUCGUCGACGUGGACGCGUUUGUGUCGUGCCACAAGAUCGAGCGCAGCCUGCGCGAGGGGAUGAACACGGCGCUCGCACUCGACUGGUGCAAGGAGCACGGUAAGGAGCUGAAGAAGAGCGGGAGCAUGCUAGAGUUUGAGUUGAGGUUGCAGCAGUAUAUCGAGCUGGUUAGGCAAGGGCACGAGAGCGGCGUGUCUGGCAUGGAUGGCGAGCUUGCAAGGGACGGGGUCAGUAUUGGGGGUGGUGGAGGCGAGGUGAAACUCGUCGAGGCGAGGGCGCACGCGAAGAAGUACCUCAGUGGCAGCGGGGACUUUGAACUGCUGGGACGCGCUGCUGGGUUGUUGGCGUACAGGCCGUGGGAUGAAGUGGAACCCUACGCCUCCCUCUACUCGCCCACCCGCUGGUCGCACCUAGCCACCCUCUUCCUAACAACGCACCACACGCUCUACUCCCUCCCGCCGCGCCCGCUCCUGCACAUCGCCCUCUCCGCUGGCCUGUCCGCACUGAAAACCCCGGCCUGCCACUCCGCCUACACAUCCUCGUCCGCAAAUGCCUCGUCGUCCACAUCCACCGUCUGUCCGAUCUGCAGCACCGAGCUGAACCAGCUCGCCCGCAACGUGCCGUACGCGCACCACACCAAGAGCAUCGUCGAGAACGACCCUGUGGUGCUGCCGAGUGGGCGAAUCUACGGCAGGGAGAGGCUCCGGCUGUUUAACGAGAAGGUGGGGACUGCCAAGGGGUGGGUGCGGGACCCGGUAGCGGGAAAGGCAGAGGAGCUGUGGAAGGAGAGCGAAGUGCGGCGGGUUUUUGUUCUGUAA